AAAUCUAAUUUUUAUGUAUUUGAUUUAUUUUAGUUUUUAAAAACCAAUAUGUAUUGUUAGAUAAAUUAUUUUUGACAAAACUUUUUGGUUUAAGUACGAAUUAAAAAAAAAAAAAAAAAAAAUGGAGAAAGUUGAUGUCGAGUAAAUGUGUUUGUGUUGAUAAACGAUUAAAAUGGCCGCCGUUUCGUUUCGAGUACAACAAAAAUUUGGUGCUUAUUGAUUCGUUUUUUAAUUUCCAAAACAUAAAUUACGUUAAGUUUUCGUAUAAAUGGAUCGACGUGUGGAAAAACCUUUUUGUAAGUUUUGUACUGUAAAAUAAAGAACUUAAAUUUACCGUUAUGCUGUAGUAAGUACUGUCAGUGAGUUUUUAAUUUGAAAAUAUAUGUUGUGAAUGUUUAUAAUGUCCCUUGUGCUCGUGGGUUUAUGAUAGUGAACCUUUCAAAAGAUAUUGUUAUAAAGUCAUAAAAUGAGCAAAAGAACCGGUCGCAAGCCGAAACGUGAACGUACGUCAAGGCGUCGUACUAGACGUCAUUCCUCUACGUCUGAAACAUCAGUAGAAGAUGUGCCGCCACCCCCUAAAGUUGGCAAAACUCGAGCUUCUAGCAGAGUUGAUGAGAGUGAAAGAAAGGUUGCAUUAACGAUAAAAUUACCAAAGCCAGAAAGUAAUGAUUGCAGUGAAGAGAACACCACUGGUAUGUGGAAAGUCGAAUGUUCCAAUGGAUCAGAUGGCGAUAUUCAGAAGUUGAAAAUUAGUUUGAGGCGUUCGCCUAAGGAUUUACUAAGAGAACAAGCUGCUGAAGCUAAAUAUUCAGCUGAAAGAAGAGAAAAAGAAGAAGCUGCUAGCAGUUCAACAAACCCAUCUAUGUUAGAUGGUAGUGUAACAAAUUAUUUAGAACAGUUUGGAAGUACUGUGGCUGUUGAAGAAAGUGAACAAAACAUAGUUGAUUCUAGUGAGCAAGUUCAAGUUGUUAUCCCUUCAAAUGAAGAAAAUAUUGAUAAUGAUCAAAUAGACAGUGUUGAAGUAUCAUCUGAAUUUAUAACAUCCAAAGAAGAACCUAUUGUAGAAAAUAUAACUAUUAAUGAAAAUGCAGUUAAUGUAACUCAAGUUGAAGAAAAUACAAUUCAUGAAGAAGUUUUAGAACCUGCUGCUAUUACGGUAGAGUCAACUAAUCCUACAAAUUCAUCUGAAGAUUUUUCAGACUCUACAGUCCGUCCAUCCAUUGAUGAAUGUAAUGUUUCAGAACCUAUUUUAGAAGAAAACUCUGUUAAUGUUUCAGAACCUGUUUUAGAAGAAAACUCUGUUAAUGUUUCAGAAGUUAUUGAUACUCCAAUAGCUUUGAGUGAAACGAUUCAGGAUAUUGUUCCAGAAUCCAUUGAAAAUGUAGUAGAUGAACCAAGUUCAUCUGAAGUCUUAGAAAGUGUAUCAAAUGUUGACAUAAAUAAAAUACCUAAUAAUACAAUAAUAGAAGAGGUCAAUAAAUCUGAUUAUAUUAAUGAUUCAGAACAAAUGGAAGAUGUUGUACAAUUAACUGUUGAAUCACCAGAUUUAGUUGACGAUGAAGAUCCUAAACUAAUUGAUGACGAACCUAAACCAGUCUAUGAAGAAGAAUUGAAUUCAGUUGAUGUAAGUAAAACUGAAUCAGUCGAUGAAAUAAAACCUAUACCAAUUAAUGAAGAUGCAUCUAAACUAGUAGAUAGUGAAGAAACUAAAUCAAUUGAAGAAUCUUAUAAUGUUUCAUCAUCAGAUAUACCUAAUUUAAAACAGGUUGACGCUGAGAAAGAAUUAAAUGAAAUGCCAAAACCAUUGUCUUCACACCCUAAACGUAAAUGGGGCUCUUGUAAAACAAGAACGCCUAUAACGAUAAGUCCAUUUACUUUGGGUACUAUAAUAGAAUCCAAUGGGGAUUUUAAUGCUGAUAAUGGUGAGUAUCGAUCAGAAGAAGGAGAAAUACAAAGGACAGAUUCAGAUGAAGAACAAGAUGUUGAAGAACCUAUGGAACUUAAUGAUACUAUGUUAAUUGAUCAUGAAGCGGUUGAUUAUGAAGCACCAGAAGAAGAAGAAAAACCUUUCAUAGAUAAUGAUGAUAAUAAAUCUGAUAAAUCAUUAGUAGAAGAAAAAUAUGAAGAAGAGCCAAAAAAAAAAUCUUCUGUAAAGCGUAUAACAACUUCUAGUGUAAUUCGUAUUACAAACCUUGUUAGGCCAUUCACGGUUGGUCAACUAAGAGAUUUGUUACAAAGAACUGGAAAAAUUGUUUCUAAUGGAUUUUGGAUGGAUACAAUUAAAUCCCAAUGUAUUGUUGAGUAUGAAAAUGAAGAGCAAGCCAUUGAAACUGUAUAUGCACUCAAUGAUUCCCAAUGGCCUUCAACCAAUCCCAAAUUUUUAAGAGUUGUUUUUACUAAUAAAGAUGAAUUAAAUAAAGCUUUGAAUGGAACUCACCCAGAACGAUUAGAUAAACAAAAAGAGUCUAAAGUAGAGAAACUUAGAACACAGGUAGAUAAUAAUUUUAUUUUACGCGAAUGGGAUAGAGGUAAGUUGGAAGAUAUGAAUGGUGAAAAAGAUGAUAAAUCUAUUAAAAGAAAAAUAUCUGAUGAUGAUCUUCAUGUUACAAAGGAUAAAAAGUUUAGAAAAGAUGAAAAAGAUCAACAUGAUAAACGUAAGAAGUCAAAAUCCAAAACACCAGAACGUAUUCCUACUAAAAGUUUAGACGAGCUUUUUCGAAAGACCAAAACUACUCCAACUCUUUAUUGGUCUCCUCUUUCUAUGGAACAGAUUGCAGAGAAAGAAGACCAACGACGUAAACAUCUUGCGGAGAUGGAACGGUCUCAAAAGACUGACCGUAGGAGAAGAGAUAACCUUCAUUAUCCUAAGAGACGUUAGAAUUUGUGUAUUCAAGUAUUUUAUAUUUUAAAAAGAAUACCUACAUUUUAUACAAAUCGGUAAAACCUUUGAGUUUUGUCACCAUGUACAAGAAGGUUAACUCAUUACACAUAGUAAAAACCGCAUAAUUAUUGUAGGCUAAUUUUUUCAUAUACUGUAUUUUUUUUUUUUUAGGGAUAUCACAAUCCACAAACUGUUUUUAUGAUAUUUUGAUUAUAAUUCGUCUUUGCGUUAAAUAAUUUUAUUUAUCAUAAUAAAGACUGUAUAAAAUAAAAUUACCUACUGUUAUUUUUGUAUUUACUUGAUGUUUAAAAUUCAUAUUAGUUCUUUUUAUUGUUUAGAAAUAAUUUUGCCUUACAACCAAGGUGUUUAUUGUGUUAGCAAUAACAUUAAUUUAUAUUUUUCAUGCUUUAAUUAACUUCUGAUAAAUUUAUGUGUAAACAGUUUGUAUAAAAUGUUUUAAAAUCUAUAAAGUUUAUAUUGAUCAGAAAAUAUAAUAAUGAUAAUAAUAAUAAAAAAAUGACAAUUUAUGAACAUAAUUUGGUUUAAUAUACGAUAUUUUAUGGUUAAGUUACAAUUUAUCAAUGUUGGAUUUUUUUUUUUGUUUCAAGGAUUCAAUUUUAUUAAUUAUUAGUAUAAUUGUCGAUCUUUAUGGUAAAAGAACCAUGGGCUAUAAUAAUAUAUUAAUAAAAUAAAGACUGAUAAUCAAUGUCAGGAUAAAAAAGUUUAAUAUGUCUAUUGGGUCCAUAAUAUGUUUUUUUUGUUAAUAUUAUUUUUAUUCAUUACUAUAAUGCCUGCUAUAAUAUUAAUUGUUGUAGACUUCAUAAAUACAGUUAUUUAAUGCUAAUAAUUUUAACCAAUCUAAAUGUACAGAAAAUAAAUUAUAUCAAAAUUAUAUUCCCAAUGUUUGCAUUUUUGUACAUAGCAAAUACAAAUUGUUUGGUAAACUCGUCUCUAUAUUGUAUUUUGUUAUAUUUUCUUAGAUACAUGUUUGGUUAAUGUAUGGUUAACCAUUGUUUUUGUUUUAAUUAAUUUUGUUAUAUUAAGUAAACAAUUUAACAGCUUAGUAUAAAUAAAUUAACUUAAUGUGUUCAAAAUAAAUAUUUUCUAAAUAUCACAUCUUUAGAUAUGAUUAAAUAAUAUACAUUUUUUGUACUUAUAAAAAUAUUUUUAAUAUAUGGAAUUUGAUGAUUAGCACUAAGAUUUUGUCUCCUUAAAAAUUAUAAAGCAACAAAUAUAUGUUAAUUAAAAUACAA